AUGGCUCACGGCAAGAGGUCUAGGCAGCAAGCCGAGGCAAUGACCUCCGUCAGCUUGCUGGACCUGGACAGCAGCGACAUGGCGCGCAUCCUGCUGCUCUUCUCCGGCCACCACCACCAAGGCUACCACGGCGUCUCCGCCGGACCGUCGUCGCCGGAGAGAGUGUUCGAGUGCAAGACCUGCAACGGCCGGCAGUUUCCUUCCUUCCAAGCCCUAGGCGGGCACCGGGCCAGCCACAAGAAACCGCGUCUCGCGGACGGCGCCGAGCCGCCCAAGCCCAAGGUGCACGGCUGCUCCAUCUGCGGCCUCGAGUUCGCCGUUGGCCAGGCGCUCGGCGGCCACAUGCGCCGCCACCGCGCCGUCGCGGCGACAGGGGAUGGGCUCGGGCUUGGCCUCGACCUCGGCCUCGGCCUCGGGUCCAAAGACGUCAGCCAGAAGAAGACAACGGCGGCGGCCGAGCUGGCGUUCGACCUGAACGUGCCAGCGCUGGAGGAGGAGGAGUCGGCCGAUCGCGCCAACAGGAAGCUGGGGCUCGCCGUGGACUUCCCCGUCGUGGUUGACUUCCGACGUUCAGGCCAAGAGAGGAUAUUCAAGUCUGAUCUACACAAGACAUACAGUACAAUUUACAUAGGUUGA